GCUCAUAUUUCUGAAUCAUCUGCACAUUUCCGUUUUGGUGGUUCGUCUUCACGCAUACGCCGCCUCACACCGCUGCUCCGGCGAGGGUAAUCAUGGCGACAGUUUAUUCUCUUAGUCAAUUCUUGCUUCAAGAUAACGACCCUGAAAUGAUAUCGGUUACAACCACGGGGGAAAAAGUCAACCCCGUUUUUAGGUUUCAAGACAUAAUACAGCCAGAACUAAAUCUGAACCUUUUGAAAGGGUUGCAACAACAUCUUGGUCUUAAAAGACCUACACGGCUCCAGUCUAUCUUCCUGGGAUUAGCAUGUGAGCCAUUGUUUCACCCUCUGAUCGUUCAGUGUCCGCCUACUUCCGAGAAGAUCAGGUGCUACGCCUUCACCCUUCUACUUCACAUCAAGACUAGUGUGAAACAACCACAAGCAUUGUGUAUUGUCCCAAGUAAGGAGGAUGGUGAAGAGGUUUUAAAAGCAGUCCAAGAAAUGGGCAUUUUCAUGGAUAUUUCGGGAGUGGUGACUGACAACAAGGUAAAAGGAGAUGAAAUCACUUCUCAAGUGGUAAUAGGAACACCGGCAGUUGUUGUGAAUCUUUUUUUUUUGAAAGGCUAACUUCAUUAACAACGCCGAACCCGCAAACCGGGACGGACAAACAAAAACAGGCUUACAUAUUUACAAAUUUACACCAAUCUCCCCACUCAAAACUACCUUUCUUCACCCUAUGUUUAAACCAAAAGAAGCUAACAACCAUAACCUCGCUAAACACUUCUUCAAUACUACUACUUUUGCCGUUAAACCUCGAGUUAUUUCUAGCCUUCCAAAGAACCCAACACGCGGAGAGAACGAUACCAUGGAUAGCAUUCCGCUCCACCGACCUUCUAUCUCCGAACUUAUGAAUAUCGACCAGGUCUCUGAAAGAAAAAAUAAAAAACUUCGGGAUCCUGCACCAAAAACUGAUUUUCUCCCACAAACCCAAAGCUAGAGGACAAACCGUAAAAAUAUGUGUCACCGAAUCCAAACCUUCAUUGCAGAAAUAACACCCAUCAUCAAUCAGGACCAUACCUCUUUUUUCAAGCGACUCCACCCCUGAUGCGUUCAAAAAGACUGGCUACUAAAGCCCUCCAAGUCAUUGUAUUUGAUGAUUGUAUAUGGAGACUUAGGAUAUCUGAGCUUAUGAAGCUUAUUAAGAAAAACACACAAGAGUUUUUUCAGAUCCUCAUUUUCACAUCAUCUGUGAACGAGGAAGUCAAUAAGAAGUGCAACGAAAUAUUGGACUGCAAGGCUCGCAACCGGUUGUAUGUAAACGAGACCGAAUUUGCUAUUGACCAUUCCAAGCACAUGAAAAUCACGUUGCCAGCCACUUCUUUAAAAAGUAACUAUAUUGUCAAAGUGUUGGACUUUUUUACUUGUAAAGAUUGGGGUCAAAUCAUAGUUUUUGUCAAGGACACUCAGACCAUGUGUAGUGGUAAGUUGGUAUAAUGCCCCCACCAUGGGGCAUUAUCCGACACGUGGCAUAUUAGUCAGCAAGGGGGCAUUAUAGCAAAAAUGGUGUAGUGGGUAUAAUGCCCCAUAAUGCCCCAUUCGAAAGAUGGGGGGUCGAAAGAUGGGGGGUCGAAAGAUGGCAACGGUCGAAAGAUGGGGGGUCGAAAGAUGUCAACGGUCGAAAGAUGGUGAAAACCAAGUUAAUCUCUUAACACCAUGUUAGUUAGUUUAGAUAGAUAGUAUUAGUUUAUUAUUAAAGUAGCGGUUACAAGGCGGUUACUAAAUUGAGGGAUCAAAGUUGACAACAUGGAACUUCAUAACUACCCUCACUAAUCGAAGAGGUGUGUCCCUCACACACACCCUUACGGAACCGACUCCAAGGAAAGGAUCAAGAGACACGAUGGUUCGGAUUGAAUGGCUGGAAAUCAACAUACCCUUUCAAGAUCAAUCUCAACCACACAAUC